UCGUUAGGCUUCUCCUCUUCGCGUCGCUCGUCUUCCGCUUCUCAUCUUCGUCCUCCGCCUCUCUUCAGUCUUCACCGCCAGCCUUCGAGACCCCAAAUCCACCGGUGAUCAUCCGUUUCGUCCUCCCGUCAGUUCCCCUGCUCACCGCCUUCACCAUCUCCACCAGCAGAACCCAGCUUGAACCCCAAAAUCUGGCAACCCAUUCCGGUUCACUCGCAGAAUAGUAGUCACCAUUUCACGCCACUGCCCGUUCCUCUCCCCCAGCCUAACCGCCUGAGUCCUCCUCUGGUGGCUGCUUCUCCCUGCUACCUCAUCCCUGCCGCCACUACCAGCACACCACCGCUGGAAUCCCUGAGAUCACCACCGCUGGUCUGUCGCCCGCAGGGAAACUUUUUUCCAAAAAUUUUUUUUCCAAUUCCAGGUCUGAACACCCCCUGCGUUUCCCCUGGUUACGUCGUUACGAGUGAUUAGUUCUCUCUCUCUAUGUCUCGGGGAGAGGAUCAUUGACCAAGAACAGAAAAUUACAGCACUGGUGUCGGAAGAUUCUGGAAUUAGCCUUUUUGGUGGAUUGAUAAUCUUUACCAGGCUACAGUAUUGAUUCCACAGUCAUCCACUAUUUCAUGGUCUUUGGGAGUUGCACAUGUCUCUUUCAAAGAUGCCCUCAAUCCAAGUUCAAAUCCUUUCCCUUCAUCCUCCAUAGCUACACAACUAAAUUGGGGCUCUCCACGCCUUCCCACUUCCCUAGCAGACUCCUAUUCCAUGGUGAAUCUGGUCGUUCCCACCAUGCGUGCCGGUUGUUCGAUCAAACGCCUGAACGAAGCUCUGUUGCUUUCAGUCCUCCAAUCAGCGCCAAAUGUCGACAUGGUGAUGCUGGAUCUGCUGUUGCACUCUUCCGUCCAAUGCACGCGUCAUUUGGACGCUUUGAUGAACGCACAUACACCGAGUUACUUGGUGCUUGUUCUACGGUAGAUAUUGGGAAACAAGUUCAUGCAGUCUCUAUAAAAGAAUGUUGCGAGUGUGUAACAGUUUUUAAGACGUCCUUGGUCAGUAUGUAUUGCAAGUUUGGCAGCACAAAUGAUGCUUUGCGAGUCUUUGAAGAGAUUAGAGUGAAGGAUGUGGUCUGUUGGAACGCUAUGUUGACGGGCUUAGUUCGAAAUGGACACGAAAAGAACUGCGUUCUCCUCUUCCAAGAAAUGCAAAAGGCUGGUUUUGCGGCUAAUGGUUUCUCUUUUUCUAGUGUCCUGAAAGCGUGUUCAUGCUUAUCGGCUCUUGAACUAGGCAAGCAGAUUCAUGGACAUAUAAUUGUCAGUGGUUGCUAUAGCUUCGAUCUCCUGGUAUUAGGUACUGCUCUGGUUGAUUUUUACUGCAAAUGCAGUUCACCUGAUGAAGCGUGCAAAGUCUUUCAUGAGUUUGACGGCCCGAAGGAUAUUGUGCUGUACAACUCCAUCAUCUCUGGUUUUGUUCAUAAUAAGAAAUAUUCAGAUGCGUUCUUAGUUUUCAGGAGUCUUGAGAAGGAACCAUUGAAACCAAACCGGCAUACUAUGGCUACUCUCCUUGAUGCCUGCUCUGGAAUUUCUUGUUUGCUAUGGGGAGAAGAAAUCCAUGGCGUGGUAAUUAAAGGUGGGUUCGGGUUUGAUAUAGUUUUGAAUAAUGCUCUGAUUGAUAUGUACUCAAAAGGGGGUAAGAUUCAGAGUGCGCGGACCGUGUUUGACCGGAUGCCAUGGAAGAAUGUGAUAUCUUGGACAAGCAUAAUCGACGCCUACGGUAGCCAUGGAGACGGGAUUGAAGCUCUGUGUAUGUUUGAGAACAUGGUCGAAUCUGGUGUUUCACCAAACUCUGUAACGCUCCUCUCUGUUAUCAGUGCAUGCAGCCAUUCAGGUAUGGUUGACGAAGGCCGACGUUAUUUUUGGUCUAUGAAGGAGAACUUUGGUGUGGUACAGGGACCAGAGCACUUCGCGUCCUUGAUUGAUCUUUUAGGCCGUGGAGGCCAUGUUGACGAAGCAUGGGAUCUUGUUUGUAGUAUGCCUGUUGAGCCAAAUCCUGCUGUUUGUGUAUCUCUCUUAAAUGCUUGUCAGGGUAAUCAAGAUGUUCUCCGGGCAGAACUUGUGGCAGAGAUGCUUCUGAAGCUACAGGUGGAAAAACCAGCGCAUUAUGUUUUACUAUCGAAUUUGUAUGCUUCAAUUGGAAGAUGGGACGAUGCGGAGACUUUAAGAAGAAUUAUCAAGAUGAGAGGACUAAGAAAGGUAGUGGGGAGUAGUUGGAUUGAAAUUGACCGGUAAAACUUGGCUACUUUUCCUUAUAGCUUUCGAAACAUGCCAUUUGGUAGAAAAGGAAAGGGUGUUUCAAACUUGUCCUGUCGAAUAAAUGCAAAGCUUCAUCCAGAAAUACUUCAGAAUGCAGAUCAUGUCACCGAUGGGUAAUCUUGUGAAGGUGAAACACCACAAAAUUCUCUUCCUUGUUGGUGCGUUAUCGACAGAACAUUUGAAAAACCGAGCACGGAUUUGUAAUCCUUGGUGUUGUUGGGCGUCACCCACCAGGUAACCUAAUUUGCAUUCUCCUGUUAGCAAGCACUUCAGAAGUGGAAGACCAAAAAAUUUUUUCCUUUCUCUCUCAGUGAGGUUUUCAGUACAACAGACAAAUGCCUAACUUAUAAUGGGUGGAUCAAGCUUCUGGUUUACACGAACUGGUCCGUUAGUUGGACCUCGAUACGACUCUUUGGUUUUGUUCAUCCACAAAGAUAUCAAAAAUUGUUAUGAUCCCCAAGUAUUUUGGAAGCUCGUUCAGUACCAUUCAUUUCGUUAUCCUUGACUGCAGAAUCUCUCCAACUCUGUAGCCAAUGCUUGGGCAUGCGUACGAUUAACAGUUCUCCGGUGACUCAUGAAAUUGGAUAAAAGCACCAGAAAUUACCAAAAAGUUCCCUCUACGGGUGUUACUGAAUGAUCACUCCAUUGCUUUGCUUGGGAAGCCACUUAGCUAAUCCAAAGUCAGAAAUCUGUGGGUGCGUGAAUCAAGUUGAAUGAGAGAAAACAAUGCUGCUACCCUGGAAAAUUUUGAAGCCCUGGAUCUUCAGUAUAACGUGUGGUUCAAAAUCUUUGUCCAAGAAGGAGAUUGGAUGCCUUGAUAUCCUAAUGAAUGAUCCGCCGCUUGCAGCAUUUAUGAAGAUACUGCAGUCCUCAUGCAACUCCAACUGCGAUCUUGAAUCUGACUGACCAUUCAAGCAAUUGGCUGUCUUUACCUGAAAACAUCACUUAUUGAGGAUAAAUUAAUUCCAUUGAAGAGGAAGUGUAGAGGCGCAAAACUAGUGCAAUUUUUUCUGACCGUGCAGCAUGGAAUCCAAGCUCCCAUUAGGACAGAAGUCAAAAAUCAGAUGAUGAAGUCCCUUCUCAAUGCAGCAGCCUAGUAAGCUUGUCGUAUUGCGAUGAUGAAAGUGCCCCAUUAUACCCAAUUCUAUAAGGAAUUCCCUCUUUUUCUUUACUCCAUCGUUUUUAGUUAAUCUUUUCACUGCUAUUACUUUUCCAUCAUGGAGUUGGCCUCUGUAUCCUCUGGUGCCAACGAGAUUGUCUGCGACUCUGCAUGAACGAGAAUCAUAGUUAAACAACAAAAGAAGGCAUUCCCUUGACAAUUGAGCUAUCUGUUAGCUAACUUGUGAGUACCUGGAUGGCAGUUAUUUGUGGCAUAGAAUAUUUCAUCAUAGGUGAAGCACCUCCAUCUUGGUUUGAGGCUUCCUGGUUCAGUUCCCAUGCUCUUUUCAUUUUUCUGGCUAACGCUUUGGAAGAGUGCGAAGGAAAAGAAUUUGCUUGGUGAGCGGGGCUUCCAGCUUUUUAAUUGAUUAUCCCCUCUAGAAUCGGUUGUUGGAAGAGGUUCGAAAACACUGAAGCUUUCAGCAGCCAAAUGAGCCCCUCCUCUGACAACAGUUUUAUCAUGAUGCCCAAUCUCAUCAUCUUGUGUGCGGUGGCAGUGGAAGUUGCAUGAUUACAUUGGUGGUGGCUUUUGCAAUACGGCAUAUCUCCUUUCAUGAUUUUAUGAUGGUCAAAUCUAUGUGAAGAAGCAGACUUGCUCGGAUCUUUGCUUUGAUCUUUCAGCAUCGGCUUCGACUUGUACCCACCUUCUAUGGAAAUGGAGCCAGAACAAGAAUGUGAACUAGGAUACGAUGAAGACUAGAAGACAGGCAAUACUUGUUUCUUCUGAACAGCAAUGACGGUGCAACCCUCUGGAGCAUGCUAAUAACAGUACGUUGAAAUUCCGAUUGAGGGCCUGUUAUUCAACUUGUCUUUAAGAUAUAAAACGAAAAUCUUUUUUUUUUUUUGUCUCUCUUUAAUACUUACGGAUUACUAUACCUCUGGAUAUUUGAGCGACCCAGCAUUGGAAAAGCAGCUUGCGUGGAUGUUGCUUCGUCAACCAGGCCUCUGCCAACUUCAGGACUGCAUCUGACCUUUUAUUCCACCUUCACCUGCAAAUGAGAGACACCAGUUGAUGUCCACCUCUUUUUGACAUGCUAACCAAGCCGUGUGCUGUGGAACCAUACCUGCUUAGACCGAUAUAGCUCCGCUAACUCCGCUACUGUGGUUAUCAGAAAUGUUUUUGCCUGACGAAGCAUCGUCUUUUGGCUCUUCUCAUCGAUUAUAUAUUAUUUCUUUUUGUUAACCUUCGGUGCUGCAAUUUCACAGAUUACGUGUACAUUCUUGCGCAUGUAACUAGGAAGAAGAAAAGCAUGGAAUUGUAGUUCGUACCAAUAACGUGUAGUGCAGUUACAGUAUCUCCUGGGCAAGCUGCAACGUCAAUUUCCCAUGAAAGUAGCUCCAAUGCAGUUCUAAAAUUCAAGGAAGUGAAGUAUCCCUGCACCUGUAGUAACUCUUUUCUGCUGACUUGCUAUACUUUGCUUGGUUGAGUUCAUUCUGGUAGCCUUCUUGCUAGCUGACAGUCGACAUCACUGACAAAUUUAUGCUUGUUUGUCAGUUAUUGAAGACCAUGAUGUGUUGCGAGGGGGGAGUGACCGCCAUUAAAAACUUGCCAAAGAAGCAUUUCAUUGUCUUCGAGUUUUAUUUGUGAUGAAAGCAAAGGUAAUGGUAGUGGUGGUGAUGAUAGUAUGCAGUAUGAUUUGUCUUACUCAUCAAGCAAAAUUACAUGCUUAUGUGUGACAGUGGCACGAAGAAGCGCUGUGUUCUGUUUUAGAUACCACAAAUACUUGUAACCUCAAAACAAGUGGAAUCUUGUCCUGUUCUACUUCUACAUUUUCAUAUUGUCACAUACCACGCAGGAUUUCAGCAAUAUCUAAUAAUAGUUACCCA